AUGUCCUCCUUGCCUCUUCCAGAAGCAGUGAUGCUUCUCCCAAAGACAUUUUCUACGCCGGCUGAUCUCGACAACGUCGUCAGUCGCUACAAAGACCUCCGACUCCAAGCUUUAUGGUCAGACCCAAAUUCAUUCUCUUCUACCUAUGAGCGAGAGUCACGAUUCACUUUCGAUACGUGGCGAUCUAGAAUCCAGAACCCUGUCGCCAAGACAUUCGUUGCAGUUAUUGAUGGCGACGAGAAGAUACCAGGCAAAGCUACAUGCUUGAAUAGUGGGAGGAUCGAACAUAUGAUACACGGGGAUCUUUCGAAGCUCCUCCAGAGUGAAUGGGUCGGCACAGUCAAACUCCUUGGACCGGAGAUAUGGUCUAAAGAAGGUGUUGAUGCAACGCAUCGACCCUGGGAUCUUUUCACCACGUCAAAAGAUACGACUCAAAUGGCCUUGAAAUCAUCUGAAUAUUCAGCUGCUGAUCUUGUUUACCUUGUUGUGGGGAUGUUUGUCUCGCCUCACGCUCGACGAAACGGUUAUGGUCAGCAGUUGAUAGAGGCUGCGGUUGCUCAUGUACGUCAAGAAGCAAAAUACUUGAAAGCGUCAACUGCUAGCAUAUUUCUACAGUCCACAUAUUCAGAUACCAGCGCAAGAUUGUUUUAUCAGCAGAUGGGAUUUGAAGUGAGAGAAGAGGUGAUGAUGGAUUUGUCACCAUACACAGCGAUGGCUAGAGAUAUUAGUCCCCAGAUGACUGAGUAG